UUUAAGUGUUUAUCUGUAGCCACAGAGUGAGCAGGAAGUGCAGCUUGGUGCCUCAACUCGUCUCAUCAAUGCAGCUUUCAUUCUCCCGUGGUGGGGCGACAUGGAAGCCGUACAAAAGGACCACUGGUACUUUGUGGUACUCAUCUUUCUCCCUUUUCUUAAAGUUGCUGUCCAGCAGGAAGAGGCUGUUGUUCGACUGGAGGAAGGCAUGGUCCUUGACUGUUUGUGUCCAUGGGACGGCAACCUCAGCUUGGUGUCCUGGACCAAAGUGCCAGACAAGAUGCCAGUAGCUAUUUUCCAUCCGGAAUACGGAGUGGUCUUCUCACGCCAACACAAAGGGAGAGUAGAGUUCCUGAGGACCACGACUAUGGAUGGAAGCAUCUCAAUGAGGAACGUGACGCAUCAGGAUAUCGGGCUUUAUCGCUGCUCUGUUCAGACCUUCCCUCGAGGACCCUGGACCAAGAGGGUUCAGGUGGAGGAUUUAGAUGAACCCCCUGAAGAUGAUGAGGAAGAGGACAAAGAAGACAUCACAGAGCCCCCCACCCCAGAGGUGACUGUGGCAGACGUAGAGUUGGUGGCAGAGCAGAACAACAACCUGACUAUCAGCUGUAACCACAAGCACAACGGCACCAUCUACCAGGCCCUUUUAGAGAGGAUGCCACAAGGCCAACGCUGGGGCAUCAUUGGCGUUUGUAAGAAGGUGGAGGGAGGCCUGGUGGGUGAGGACUACAGCGACAGGGGACGUGUAAACUGUGCCGACAGCCUGGAUGUCAACUUGCACCUGACAGGUGUUGCAAUGGAUGAUGGCGGUUUCUACCGCUGCACUUUUAACACAGAUGCGGGGGUGCAGACCACCACAGUUCUGCUCACAGUUGUCACUCAAGGUGGAUUCAGCCUCUCCUUGUACAUGAUGAUUAUUUACAUCGGGGCUGGAACUGCCGGUCUUGUUUUAUUCAUAGUCAUCCUCAUACUGGCAUUAAAGCGCUGGAAGAAGAACAAGAGAGAGGAGUACAGAGUCAAACUACACCCGUCUCGGAGACAGCCAAACAUAUAUGAAAACAUCCGUGUGUGUCCCAGGAUGACUAAGAAGUCCCGGAAGAUCAGACUUGUCCCCGUGUACGCCAACCUGCAGAGUGUACGAACACACAAAUCCAGACGUCAGCAGCAGCCUUGUGAUAAAUGAGUGGAUGCAAAUAAAAUGCACUGCUUUAAUGUGAACGCGCAUUUGUGUUUUUUUUCUUUUCAUCUGUCACAGAUGUCAGUGUGCCCUCAGGUUUUUUUUUUUUUUACAAACAACUAUUUUCAUGUAUAUGAACACAUCGAAAAGGCACAUUGACAAGCCGGGAGUAGCUUUUUGAUAAGAUGCAGGAAUCACUCUGACAGUGAUUAAUAUUCAUAUUUGGAGCUUGGAACGCAUUAACAAGCUGGUGCUCGUGUAAGUCACAGACAGCUGACGCGUUUGGUUGGGUCCAGCCCUUAAUUAAAUGUAGUAUGUACUGCAUAAUUACUGUUGAGAAAAUAUCUGUUUUGGGCAAAACAAUAUUUGACGGCAUCCGUCAUGCAGAGAGAGCCGACAAAAGCCUGUGUAAUCAUUCUUUUCUCUCCCGUAACCCCCGAGUAAAACGACUGACAAAAGCCUGUGUAAUUGCUCUGCGUUUACUUUCAUCCCCUCCUGCUUUUCCAUUCAAAGCCUGACAAUGGCGUCUAAUCAUCUAACGGAGAAGAGACGCAGUCACUCAGCACUGUACCAUCACUUGAGACUGCUGCUGCUUCUCCCAAAGGGCUCUCUUUCUAGGAUGGCUGCGUUCUAGUUACAGCACGCUCUUAUUAUGAAAGCUAAACUCUAAUUAGCUAAUCCUGUGCUUCAGUAUAUAGCUCCCGACACUUGUUUUUUUUUAUGCUUAUGAAAUGUAAUUAAACAAACUAUUUUUUAUGAUAGGCUGUCACAAGUUUACCAAGUUGUAUUUUUUUUAUGGUUUUUAAUCUCGCCUACAUGCUAUUGUAAAGCAGUGUUUAAGGUUUAUGGUAGUGCCGUUAAACUGUGUGUUGUUUAUUUGUAACGUGGCUCGUUUAUCUCCAUAGACAUGGAGGCAGUGGCAGUGGCAGAGGCAGUAAUGGAUAUGUGGGCUUUUCCACUAGGAAACAAGACAAAUGUGGACACGUUAGAAAUGUCAACACAAAGGGACAAUAUAGUUUUGGAAGUUUUUGUUGUGGUUGUUGUCUUUAUUCUCUCCGCUUCACUUUCUUUUAUAAGCUUCAAGUGUGAAUUUGACUGUGAAACUGCGAGGUGUGUGACCAGCAGUACUGAAACCAAUGUGUGUGCAUAAUUACUCCCUGUGGUAUAAAUAAAAUAUGUGUCAUCUCCA